UACCGCCAAAAAGCAGCCAGGAUGCUUAAAUUUACCGUUUGUUGCUCCUCGAAACUAGCAUUAAAUGCAUAUGCACAAUAAGAAAGCAAUAUGCCGCUAGAUCGAAUAAAUUUAAGCGCAAACGAGGAUAUAAACCAGUUAAAGCCUUGCUGGAUAGCUGGCGACAGAAAAUAUUCAAAUUCACGAUUUGCUAGGGUCUUUGCGCGUCAUGAAAUUAACGCCAUCGACGUUGCUGCCAGCUGUGAUCAAAUAAGGGACAUGAUUGACAACAAUCAGGCAAAGACAGCAGGAACGGACAAUGCACUCGACACGUGCAACCGUAGAGUGGCUGCGUUUAACGACUUAACACGGCUCACAUUCGGCGUAAGCUACAUUCUGAGCCAACAGGUGUCCACGCUGCUGGACGAUACUAAACAUUUGCUGGAUCAAAUCAUGGGCAACAACUUGGAAAUACCCUGUCAGGCGGAGCCACCACGUCAAACGCAGACACACGGUUGUCGUAAACGAAAGCGAAUCAUCGCCACAAAGACAACUACGAUGUGUUUAGCCAAGCGCGCUAGAAUUAGGGAUCCCCAGCUGUUGGAUGAGCAAAAUAUUGACUACUAUAGGCACAUGUUAACGGAAUCGCAGCUGUGGAAUACAGACACAGAAAAUCUUGAGAUUGAGCAGUUGCAGACCAUUGAAGUGGCACGCACGUGCUCAGCACAGCAUGUGAUUAGCUUCACACAUGAACUGACUAUGACGGAGCUCGGCGAGGAUAUACUGUGGAACGAUGGCUUCGGUGAAUCAAAUCCAGUGGAUGUUGCUGCUCUUGAAGAGUUUCUUCCAUUUAGAAAUUCCUUAAAGCGCAAAUCGACUGAUUCAAUGCCAACUGGUGUUUUGUGCUACAAAAUGCCCAGAUUAGCAACAAGCUUGGAUCUGUCAAAUACUAACGGUAAUACGCAAGCACUCGAUCUAUAUCAAGAGAUAGAGCCUCUUGCCCCAUUGCCGCCGGUAUCGCCGCUUCCACCAACAAUUGUCGCUCCGGCGCCAAAGCCAAAAUUAAAGCCCAAGUUCAAAAUGAUAGAUAAAUGCAUUAAGCUAUCGCGCGAGGUGCUCUUACGCGAUAGGGAACUUCUAUUUAACAAACUGGAAAGUGCAAAACAUGUUAAACCUCAGAUUAUUAAACAUAGUAAUAAAAGUGAAACAUUGCUGAACACCUUUAGGCAAGAUCACCUUUUUCCAGAACGUUUAAAAAAACAUUUACAGCUGAGCAGCGAACAAAUCGAGUUGGACUGUGAAUAUACAAUACGCGCUAUUUUUGGUGAGGAUUAUAGUGAUGAUCUGGUCGGUGAGAUCUUGUCGGCAAUUCCAGUAAGGGCUCAACCGACAAACCGUUUAGAAGAGGCUCCUAUGCCAAUGCUAGAGCUAGCUGAAAACCAAUCACCUCAUGUACUCGAGCUGCAACAAUGCAGCAAUAGCAAUAAUAACAACACAUACGAGCACAUAAAAAGUAAUGAGGAACAGAAUUUUGAUUCAUUGAGCAUCAUGAUGGAUUUGCUCAACAUAUGGCGCAAUGAUCCUGAUAGAAAGACUAUUGAUGCCAACAAGUUUGUAAAGUCCUUUCCGGAUCGCAUUAAAGCGGCUUUGGCUUUUAGCCAUUUGUUAACUCUUUCACGUGACGGAUUUAUAAAGCUCUCCGCAAAGCCGAAAUCUGUUGAAAUUGAUGCCAUUACGUUGGGCGAAGAAUCUGUCAGACUUAUUGCAAAUAUUUCGACAUUUGAACAGCUAAAUUAAUUAAAACUCAUUUUUUUGGGCGAAGCAUCUAAUUCAAGCUUCGGGAAGUUCAAUUAAUUACUACUCUAUUGCUUAUAUAUUGUUUUUCUUUUCUUUUUUUUUUUUAUGUAUAAAAACUCGUUCCUUGUUAUCGUUAUCAUAACUAUAAUUCAUUAACACUUUUGUAAUUCUCUAAAUCGUUCUUUGUUAUCUUUUGUCUUAAACUUCUGUACUUAAUCCCAGGACAACCAAAAUAUAUGAAACAAAAUUAUUGAAA